CGCUUCCCAAGAGUUGGGGUGAUGGUCUUUUGUUCUGAGAUUUGUCUCUUUGAGACAGUGUCGAGCGAGAACUUGCUAUGCAGCAUAGUAUGAUGUAGAGCUAGCAGUCCUGCCUCAGCCUCCUGAGUGGUGGGAUGGCAGGGAUGAGUCAUCACCGUAAAGUCUUACCGUUUGAAUAUUUUCAUUUGGUAAGCCUCUCAAAAGUCCAAAUUAAAAAAAAAGUCCAAAUUAAUAAAAAGCAGUUUUCUAAAUGGGCCACAGGAAUGCACAGUUGGUAGACCUAAGAGAUUCAAAGACAAUAUAACGUGGACCUAGGUUUUUGUGGGCCCAAGAAAUGAAUUUUUUGAACCAAGUUUGUGUAGGAAGUCCUCUUUAGGGGGAAAAAGAAAGUUUGGCCAGGCGUGGUGAUUCACACCUUAGGUGGAUCCUUUGAAUUCCAGGAAAACUGGAGCUACUGCAUAAACCCUAUUUCAAAAAAAAAAAAAAAAAUUAAGUGCUUUAAGGUAAGCAAACUAAAGUUUUUUAAAGGUUCGCAGCACUUGUCACUUGUAAAUUUUCAUCUUUAUCGGAUUCUAAUUAAAACCAAAGACUAUAAGGCAAACUCAUAACUGCUUUGAGUAUGCAAUUAAAAGCAGUAUUGUUGCCUCAUAGAGCACAGGCGCAAUUUAUGAUAGUUUUUAAUACUUCAGGAUUGGUACAUUAUGUAAUUUGUUUCUCUUUGAAGGGGCAACUCACUCUAGAUUGUUUCCUGAUUCAUGGACAAUAGGUCAUAGGUUUAGGAAUCUUGAAGGCUGGAGUUUACAUUAAUAAUAGGAUGACACGGACUAGCUUCUAUAUCCUAGUCCAAUGAAAGCCCUAGUUUCCUGUGGGCAGACGCCCCCGCCUACUCGCUCCUACAUGCUUGUUUCUCCCGCCGAAAUGGCGUCAGGUUGAGACUCUCACCAACCAGCGCCCUGAUUGGAGGGCAAGCAGCCACUACAGCCCAUUGGGCGCCACCGGCCGGAGGGGCGGGGAUGCCACAGGCCCUUGUGCCUAGCCUGCCCCCACCCCACCGGCGUGUGCCCCUCCCCCGGCCCAAGGAAUGGGUGCAGUGCUGGGGCGUUGCACCCCCUGACCCCGAGAUGUUCUCAAACAGUGAUGAAGCUGUAAUCAAUAAAAAACUUCCCAAAGAACUCCUACUAAGGAUUUUUUCUUUCCUGGAUGUUGUUACCUUGUGUCGCUGUGCUCAGGUCUCCAGGGCCUGGAACGUCCUGGCUCUGGAUGGCAGUAACUGGCAGCGAAUUGACCUGUUUGAUUUCCAGAGGGAUAUUGAGGGUCGGGUAGUAGAAAAUAUUUCAAAACGAUGUGGAGGCUUUUUACGAAAAUUAAGUCUUCGUGGGUGUCUUGGAGUAGGAGAUAAUGCAUUAAGGACUUUUGCCCAAAAUUGUAGGAAUAUUGAAGUACUGAAUCUAAAUGGGUGUACAAAGACAACAGACGCUACCUGUACUAGCCUUAGCAAGUUCUGCUCCAAACUCAGGCACCUCGACUUGGCUUCCUGUACAUCAAUAACAAACAUGUCUCUCAAAGCUCUGAGUGAGGGCUGUCCACUGUUGGAGCAAUUGAACAUUUCCUGGUGUGACCAAGUAACCAAGGAUGGCAUUCAAGCACUAGUGAGAGGCUGUGGGGGUCUCAAGGCCUUGUUCUUAAAAGGCUGCACACAGCUAGAAGAUGAAGCUCUCAAGUACAUAGGUGCACACUGCCCUGAGCUGGUGACUUUGAACUUGCAAACUUGCUUACAAAUCACAGAUGAAGGUCUCAUCACCAUAUGCAGAGGGUGUCAUAAGUUGCAGUCCCUCUGUGCCUCUGGGUGCUCCAAUAUCACAGAUGCCAUCCUGAACGCUCUAGGUCAGAACUGCCCUCGUCUUAGAAUACUGGAAGUGGCCAGAUGUUCCCAGUUAACAGAUGUGGGCUUCACCACUCUGGCGAGGAACUGCCAUGAGCUCGAGAAGAUGGACCUGGAAGAGUGUGUUCAGAUCACAGACAGCACAUUAAUCCAGCUUUCUAUACACUGUCCUCGGCUUCAAGUAUUGAGUCUCUCUCACUGUGAGCUGGUCACAGAUGAUGGAAUUCGUCACCUGGGGAAUGGGGCCUGCGCCCAUGACCAGCUGGAGGUGAUUGAGCUGGACAACUGCCCUCUAAUCACCGAUGCAUCCCUGGAACACUUGAAGAGCUGUCACAGCCUUGAGCGGAUAGAGCUCUAUGACUGCCAGCAAAUCACACGGGCUGGAAUCAAGAGACUCAGGACCCACUUACCCAACAUUAAAGUCCACGCCUACUUCGCACCUGUCACUCCACCCCCGUCAGUAGGGGGCAGCAGACAGCGCUUCUGCAGGUGCUGCAUCAUCCUAUGACGGUGCAGGCGUCAGCCUCGGUGAACUGAGUAUUUAAGGACACUGCUAGACUUGCCGUGGAGUCUCUCCAGUGGAAGCAAUCCCAGCAUUCUGGGCAGGGUUCCAAAGCGAGGGCAGCGUCCAGAUCCCCAGAGCCGCACAUACACAGGCACAUGCCCUCACCCCAUCCGCUGCAGUUCUGUGACUGUGGCACCGAAGUUCAUACUGGCUGUAACAAGUGGAUUGGUAAAGCCGAACCAUUCCCAUUGGACAUGCCCAGAAGAAAUCUUAGGCCAUGGUAGAGGGAGGGGACAUUCCAGCAAAACCCAGUGUUACUGCUGUGGUUUAUUUUAUUAAGGGGUUUCUGUGGGGAUUUUGAAUCAGUAACUGCAAUCUUCCAGGGUGAAAGGUAGCAUGGAAAAACAAUAUAUGAUGUAUCCAGGGACCAGAAAGGAAAUUUCUUUGCAUCCUAGAAAUGGUAGCUAUCCAUUGGGAGAUGCUUAUGCAACUUCUGUGCUUCCUUGUUUCCAUGCCAACAUGCUGAGCAUGCUCACAAAGAAGGCUCGUCCAUUCAUCUGGUAUUUUAGUAUUUGGCCCAGAGGUUUCCUUAGCAGCUAUAUACUGAAAUUGCUGGGGUCCACAUGCGAUCACUUUUACUUCCCUGCUCAGUUGUCACUCACCGUGCUCUGCUCACUGCUGCACCCUGGCUGUCCGUCCCCGGCCGUAGUCUGCUGCUCACACUCAGUUGUUACUCCUUUGCUGGUUGUUUACAGUUUGCAUUUUGGAUGAUUAGUUGGGGUUACCAAACAUUUUUAAAAGAAACAUCAAUAAAUAUUUUUUUAAUCUAAAUUUUACUAUUAGGGGACCUGCCUGAAUCUUUGCCAGUAUAGAAGGAAACUCUAACAAGAGCAGGGAAGUUAGGCUAAGAAAGAGUUGAACUGUUUUGAUGAAAAGAAACUCGGCCUUUUGGUUUCUGUUGUGUCUUUGCACGGUGUGCUCAGUGCGCCCUGCACAUUUCCCUCUCCCAAACCUGGUGAGCGUAUUAAGAAGAGAGAAGUGCACUAUUCAUGUGGAGUGGGGGGCGAACCCCCACUACCCAAGUGCAGCAGGUCCGGGGUGCGGGGGGCUGUGGUUAGUUUCUGGAGCCCUUCCCCCAUUUAAUCCCCUGGGGAUAGGAGAAGAGCCCUGUAACAGUCAGCUGCCUGUGUCAGUGUUGGCGGGAUUGUACCUCAUGCUGGCACCUCAGAAGACCCAAACGUAGCAGCUAACACUCUCUCUUUUGUUGCAGCCUUCCUCUGAGUGUGGUAUGAAGGCAGCCAAAUGGGGCCAUUGGGGCAGCCAGAAAACCUCGAGAAGGGAGUAAGAGGCUCGGGGUCUAUACCGAGCCUGGGACCUGCCCCCCAUCCCUCUCCCCCCCCUCCCGAGCUGAGAAAGGGGUUUAGUAUCUGGCUUAUUAAGAAGAAGCCUCUUCACAAAAACUCACACAAAACAAGAGAAAUGAAAUGAGUUUCUAAAGCAUAUUUCUAAACUCCAAUGUUAGAGGCCUUGCAUGAUGUUUAACAGGGUGUUGGGGGAAAGGCUUUUAGGAGGUAGAUGUACAAGCCAGUAUGAUCCCAGGAUGUUCAAAGGACUGGUUUACUGCUAUAGGUACUGGUUCUACCAGAAUAUAUAAGAAUAAAAUCUGAUUAAUUUCUCCAUUAAUGUAGAAAACAAUCAGAUGAAAAGGUCCUAGAAUUCUAUACUACCAGAUUUAUUUAUCAUAUUAAACUUAUUUAAAAUCUUAUUUUAUUAUGUUCUUUUGAAAGCUAAAUUACUUGUGUUUUUUUUUUUUAUUCCUUCUUCCCUCAUGUUCAAAUUACCCUGCAGGAAAUUUCUUUUUUCCCUCUGAGACCAUUUGUUAUGUUGCCAAGCUGACUGGUAUCGGCACCUGGGCUCCAGUUCCCUUCCACCUCAGCCAGCAUCCUGAAUGGAUGGCGCUGCAGAGGCUCUUACAUCUGUGUACACCCCACCCCCAGAGACCAAGUCUUACUCUGUAGCCCCGGCUGACCUGAAAUUUGUGAUUGUCUUUCUGCCUCGGCCUCCCAAAUGCUAAGAUGAUAGGUGUGAGCCACCAUGUCAGAUUGACUACACUUUUAAAGUUAGACUCGGUGUGCACACAUAGACAUACACACGCUCCCAGGUGUAUUUAGGGUUGGAUCCCUAGGGGUCUCGUGCAAAACCAAAAGAAACUGAGGGAGCAUCAGCUCUAGACUAUGUUGUUUGAUUUCCCCCCCCCCAAGUGCCUAACAAGUUGAUAUUAAACAGUGAAUACUAAUGGUUUCGUAGACAGACAUUUGAAUUGCCCAAGUCUUGGCCACUCAGGUACUUCUUUUUUUCCAUCAAAGUUUGAAUGAGUCUGUUACCCACCAGUAUGUCAAAGGUCUGGAAAAUGCUGUUUUUCUUAGAGUGUGUUGCCACAUGCAGGUUCAUUGGAUUUGUCUUGGUGAUCUCUGCUGUUAAGACAAAUCCCAACCUUUCUGGACAAAGAACACAAGUCAAAAAGGGGAGGUCUGUGGGUGUACAGCCCUGGCUGCAUACGGUCAGGCAGGAGACAUGUUCCUUUCUCAAGUCACAUCAGACCCAUCAUGCUUGGAGGAAAGUAGAUUGUUUUUUCAAGUGUUGAUUUGAAUCCUACACCAGCUUGUUACACUAAGACUCAAUGGUAAGUUUCAAUCAGGUAGAAAGCCCUGACACCUGAAUAUAUAUAAAUGCUUCCUUUCUGUCUAUACGUGCAGAAUACUUAUAAGAAUUCAGUAGGGUUUUGGCUUGGUUGAUUGGGUUUGGGGUUGAUUUCGGGGCCAUGGCUGGAAGCAAGGGCCCUUGCCCACAGUGAGUAUACUUUCUCACUGAGCUGUAGUCCAGCCCUGGAAAAGCUUACUAUGAAAAUGCCCCUCUGAGAAAGCCUGCCGGAGGCCGCCAGGCUGACUCGGGAGGGAGAUGGUCUUAGCGCUGCCAGCGAUGGCGCUGCACACACUGCUCAGCAGCCCUACUGAGAUAGCCGUUUCUUCCAGCACCUGCCCUGGCCCUCUGUUAAAACCUUUCUUGUGGGGUAUGUCCGGUCUAGCUAAUCUUGGGAUCCCUCUUCCUGGUCUGAGCCAGCUAUCAAGGACAGCUGUGAAUCCUGAUGCCGUCAAGUGGAAGUGGCUCAGGUCAUUUCUUACUUGAUGGUUCUUGGUGUUUGGUUUUUGACUUUGAAUUAAAUUUGAGGUCAAACUGAUGGUUCUAAAAGACUAAAGGGACAUAACUUCUGUCUUCCCCAGUAGUUGGUAUGAAAGCACACUACGAGGUUGAUUUAGCACAUGUAAGUCAAAAAUGACGUUUUAAGCAUCUCUAAGUGAAACUUGGUAGAUAACUUACCAUGUUCUUUUGGGGGCAUUCUAUGCUGUUUGGAAUGUUUGUUGUAACUCAUUCAUCAUGAAUGAGUGCUGUGGGCACUGAGGUCUGGUCUGGACUGUUUGUUGGAGCUGUGAAGCCCUGGUGUCCAUUUGAUUUUGCUCAGUUAUCUUGUAAAAUGUGUUUGGAAGUGUGGCUAGGAAGUGUGAGUGCUGUCACUGGAAAGAGGAGAGUGACUUCCUGUCUAUCCUGUGGGCAACCUUGUCUGUGUCAGCUUUGAAACCAGAAACAUGGUUGCUCGUUGGCUGAGAUGGCUCAGCAGGUACAAGUGUUUGUUGGACACACUGACCCCCGAGCUGUGACAGUGAAGGGAAGGCUGCUGGGAUAUAGGGUUUCUCUUUGUCCUGAGACUUGCUCUGUAGAUCAGACUGACCUCGAGCUCACAGACAUCCGCCUGCCUCUUCCUCCAGAGUGCUAGGACUAAAGGCGUGUGUGUCACCACCGCCUGGCAAUAAAUAAAAUUCUCAAAAAAAAAAAA